UGGGGCCUCUGACGACCAUCCAAACCUUUGCUUCCGGCAUCGAACGACACUCACCUCUCCACUCCACCACGCCGCCCACCCGGACGCAACACCAUCGCCAUGCUUGCUCAGCGCCUCAUCGCCCGUGCCGGCUCGCGCCUCUCGAGCCCGGCCGCCCGCUCCGCCGUCCAGCGCCGCCUCGCCUCCACCGACAAUGCCUUCGUCCGCGAGCGCGAGGCCGUCAAGCAGCACGCCGCUGAGACCACUGACCUUUGGAAGAAGAUUUCCAUCUUCGGCACCAUCCCUUUCCUCGUCCUUGCUAGUUACAACGCCUACGUCCUCUGGAACGAGCACUGGGAGCACUGGUCGCACCUUCCUCCCUUGGAGGAGCGCGUCGAGUACCCCUACCAGAACAUCCGCACCAAGAACUUCCCUUGGGGCGAUGGUGGCAAGACCUUGUUCUGGAAUGACAAGGUCAACUACCACAACAAGGACAAGACCACCUAAAUGGUGGGUUGAGCAUGAGACACUUGAUUUGGGAGGCCGAGCGCAACCAGCGCCGCUCCUACCAGAUCUAAUGCUCGACAACUAGGGGCGCCUCUCCUCCCCUGAGAGCCAGGCUCCAGACAACCCACUAGACCAUCAGCCCGUGGCACGACCAUUGUGUAGAUAUCUCUAUCUCCUUUGUGAAUGACAAGAAAGUGUUAAGAAAGUGGCGUCAACUGACGGAUGGAGUAUGGGAAGUGCUCUCGUUAAAUUGGUCGUGCAUGGUUGAACCUAGUAUGCAGCUUGUAACCGCAGCAAGGACAAUCCACACCUGGACCUUGUGAUGAAAAU